CUAUGAGGAUCCACUACCUUCUGUUUGCAUUGCUCUUCCUGUUCUUGGUGCCUGCUCCAGGUAAUGGAGGAAUCAUAAACACAGUACAAAGAUAUUAUUGCAAAAUAAGAAGGGGCCGAUGUGCUGUGCUUAGCUGCCUUCCAAAAGAGGAACAGAUAGGCCACUGUUCUACAGGUGGCCGAAAAUGCUGCCGAAAGAAGAAAUAAAAAAAUCUGGAAACUUGAUGAGAAUGUUGUAAACGGGGGAAGUGCCUCCUUGAAAUUUAUAAAAGAAAAAUUAA